GGACAAAAAUUCACUGUGUAUUUUUCAUUUUAGAAAUGCGGAAGAACUUUAUAAUGCGUAUGAAGCUGUUAGACUUCAGCAUCCAAACGCUUUCUUUGUUCUACCUACUUUUCAAGUCCUGGUAGAUCCUGGUAACAAUUUUGAACCAAUUGGAACUGCUUGGUUGGUUUUUAAAAUAGAAAAAGCUGAACCUGAUUUUGCAAGUGAUCCUAACUUUUUUCAAAUACGUUAA